CGAGGGCGGGGCAUCGCCGCUGCCGCUAAUCCCCCCGCCAUGGGGCCGCGUCUGCUGCUGCUCGCACUCUUGUGCAGGGCAGGAGUCUGGGCCGUUGAGACGUCGAUGUCACCGUCUGUGAUGAACGGGAGCAGUCUGGUCGUGUCUGCGGCCCCUCACAACGAAACCAGAAUAGUCCUGCCGGGCUCUGGGCCAGGACAGAUGCUGAAGCGCUCCUUUUACGUGCUUACUGGCUUCUGUGGACUGGUUGCGCUCUAUUUCCUCAUCCGGGCCUUCAGAAUAAAGAAACCGCAGCGGAGGAAGUAUGGUCUGCUCUCAAAUACAGAUGACCACAUGGAGAUGGCUUCAGUGGAGAGUGACGAAGAGACGGUCUUUGAGACGAGGAACUUGAGAUGUCAUCUCCUGGGUAAACAGCUUGGCUCCCUGAGAUGCUUCAUCAGCACCUUAGGUCUGAUCUACAGUCAUGGCUCUUGGGCAUGGUCCAGGCCUACCUGUCACUGGGGCUGGGUUUAGAGCUGGAAGGGGCUUAGCGAUCGAUCUUCUGGUCCUGCCCCCUUAUUGUACGGGUGAGGAGAGGGCAGGGCCUUGCUGAAGGGCCCCCCAGGCAGGUAAGCUGCAGAAGCAGGAUAUGAAGCCUUGUUCUCUGACUCGACUCUCCCUGGUAUGCUUCCCGGAGCCUGCCGGGCUAGAGGGUACGGGGGUGGGGGUGGAGAAUUGGUGCUUCUUGAGCUCGGAAGUUGUCCAGGCAGUGCAGGAGCCAGGCAGCGAGGGAGGGCUGGUGGAAAGAUCUCUGGAUCUGGAGAUGGGAAAUGUGCAUUCUUCUACUCACUCGCUGUGUUUACUCACUGUGUGGCCGUGGCCGAGUGUCUUGUCCUCGGGUCUCAGUUUCAUCAUCUGUGAAAUAAGAGAGUGGGAGUUGAGUCCUUUCCGCCUCUGAAUCCUGUGAGCUUGGGGGCACUUUUGGUGAGGAGACUGUGAAGGUGAGGCAGCAGGAAGCCUCUUGUGGGAUUCCUGUCCUGGCAGGUACCAGGCUCAGGGUGUGACCAGCCCAGAGCUUGCCGGGUGAGUGAGUCAUGUGAGGGAGCUGAGGAGGAGGUGAAUCUGGCUGUCCGCUCCCACGCCUCCAGACUCACCUGUUCCUAAACCCUCCUACAGCGACUUGUGGCUAUUAUGAAAAGUGCCCCCCCCCCCCAAAAAAAAGCCCAUCACAGAGAGACUGUCCAAGGAUUCCCUGCCCAUUUCUUUAGGUCACCAAGUAAUGCCCAUACUUUGGUGUUAGAUUGUAAGCUCCUUGAGGGCAGGGACCAUCUUUUGCCUCUUUUUAUAUCCCUAGCCCUUAGCACAGUACC